CUGACGCAUAUCCGGACUCCGAAUCCCUCCCACUCUUACCCACCGUCCGCAGAGAAACGGUAAAGCUGAUGCUGAUCUCCAUCUUUGGUAAUUCGACAUGUCGUUCUGCUCUCAUUUCCUCUUGCUCUUUCUGUUGCCUUCACUGGGAUCUUCAGAGAAACAGAAAGUAGUAAUUGGGACCAUUGGUUCAUCGGUUUUCCUGGAUCCUGAACACCAAGGUGAUCUCAGCAGGAGUGAAAUUUUAUGGACCUUCACCAGUAGCAACAAAAGCCCUGCUAUUAUUCUGGAUUACAUUCCAGGUAAACCUGUGGAGGAACCAAAUAAACAAUUCGGAUCCCGUUUACAGUUUAAUGCUUCUACUGGCUGUCUGCUGGUAGACAGGAUAAAACCUGAGGAUCAAGGUGUUUAUCAUUUUGAGGGAGAUGAGAGAACAACUACAAUAGAAUUGCUUCUCUACUAUAAGCUGUCGAAGACUUUGAUAAGGAGCUACAGUGCCCCUGGUUACACCAUCCAACUCACCUGUGACGCUAAAGGACAUCCUCAGAAAUAUAAAUGGGAGAGAAACGGAGGGGAAAUCUCUCAGCGUCACUGGCUAAUUAAUGAAAACAGAAGCCUCAUCAUCUUGACUGACUUGACAGGUGAAUGUGGAACGUACACUUGUGUUGCCUCCAACCCUGUCAGCUCUGCCCAGGCAGAUUUUACCUUAAAUCCCCCAGGUGCUUCUGGUGAAGAGUCUAUCAUUAUUAUUGCAUCAAUCACAGGACUGGUAUCAUCUUUGGUAUCUCACAGUGGAUUCUUGGUUCUGUCACGGUUGGAGAAGAAUUCAAACCGAGUGUUUCAGAGCCUCAUUAUUUGCAACAUUUUGUCUGUUGUUGCUACCUUCAUUGCCCUCAUCUCCUGGAUUGCGAUUAAAGGUGCUGCCUUUAUAUCUAUUGUUGCAUUAUGCACUGUCUCUGCCCUGUUUUUGGCCAUAAUUACACCAAAUGUUAUUCUGAAAUUUGGCUGUUCCUUUAAUGGGAAAUUCCAAAGAACAAAAGAUUCUCAACCUUUCAUUGCCUCGAGUGGUUUCAUCAUAAUGCCCAUUUCAAUCACUGUCCUAAAGGAAGAGAUUCAGCAAAACAAUCAAAGUUGUCACACCAGCAUCUUAGCAUGGAGCAUACCGAUUGCAUUAUUGGUCAGCUGUGUUAUCAUAACAUCUGUGUUCCUUGCAAUAUAUCGCUGUAAAUACGAUAGAAAUCAAAAUGCAAGCAUUGAAGUAAGACAGCAGGAUAAUGAAGACUUGUAAGAUUUCAGUAUUAUUGACAUGGAGCUGGGUGUUACAGCUGAUUCACUUCAGGCUCUUUAAAAUGGAUAUACUGGGUAUCAAUUUUGGAACUGAGUACCAGUGGAAAAACUUUUUCCGUCAAUAGGGCAAAUACACGUCUUCAUUCCUAUGGAAUGGCACUGUUAUUUGAAACAUAUUGUUACAGCCCUUUGUAUGAUUUCAGUACUUUUUUUACUUUCAAAGCCCUGUUAGGAUACAUUACUUGGUGUGUGAUAUAAGAAGCACCCUCACCAAACUAAGAGUAUCUGACCAGAGAAUCAAUCUUGAAAUGGUGUGGAGGUUUUUUCACAUUGUGUUAGAGUUUGAUGUGAACAGAACAUCAAUGGAGCAGUAAUUGUAGGACUUGCACUUGACUACUGCCAUUUGGUGGACCUGAGGACUGAAGGCAAUACAGAGUCUGUUACGAACGUGCCACAACUCUGAGGGGCCGAAGGGUACAAAGUAGCCCUCUCCUUUUUGAGAAUCGCAAGAUCACUAUUAAUUCAGGUCUGGGGACCCAGGAAAUGAGAGAGAAUCCUCAUGGGUUUGGAAUGUGUGUCCUGCCCUCAGCGAGACAAAGCCACGGAUACCGGCCAUUGUCACUUGGAGACGGAAUUGUGUAUUGAGUACUGUACUAUUCAUUGAAGCCCCUCAGGGGAUGACCAGAGUGGGCUGGUUGAGGGAUUGCAUCAUCCCAACCUGAUUGACAUCUGAGACCCCGUGAGUAAGGAUAAAAGAGGGUUUGGAGAACAACCCCUUUAGACGCACCAGGAGAGACGCUGGAAGUCCCGUGACAGCGUUUGGUAGCGACAGCCGGUGGGAGGCUCGCGUGCGUCCUUUCCCGGGAUUGGGGGCCUUACCACGGAAGAACAGCUUUAGCUACUAGGAGAAACCACCACCAACGGAACUCUGGAAGGAUCGACAUCAUAAAAAGGAAAAGCUGGCAAGUUCUAAAAAUCUGUAUUUUGACUCCAACCAAAGACUGCAGCCUGAAUGAACUUGAGUGACUUUUAUAUUUCCAUCGGACAAUACAUUAUCCCCUAGACAAUGAUAGAGCUUAUUUCUUAUUGAUUAUUAUUAUUAUUUUCUCAAUCUUUUUAUUAUUAUUAAUAAUGUGGACAAAAUACAAAUGAUAUAUUAAGAAAAAUAUUACAAACAUACAAAUUCCAUUACAGAUGAAAAAAGACAUAAACAAUAGUUACAGUAUAAAUGGGUUUACCAAGACAUAAACCAUACAGUAUAUGUAUGAACAUGGUAAGUCUAGAUAUUUCAUAAUAUAUGAUAUAAAAAAACAGAAAAAAGAAAAAAAAUAUAUAAUGCAAAAUUAACUAAUGUAUUAAUCUAAUGACUAAUAAAGAAGAAAAAAGAAGCAAAGAAAAGAAGAAAAAAAGAUUAUUGUUGAUUAUUAUGCCUGCACUUUUAGAGUUAGUAUUGACAACGUAUAUUAUCUGUAUGUUUGCAUUGAUAUUAUUUUUGUGUAUUUUUACCAAAAAAUACUGUUUAAAAAUAGUACUAUCAGACUUCAAUGGACCUCUCUAUCUUUGCUGGUAAGUGACCCAGUUACGGGGUUCGUAACAAGUCUAUAGAUGCCAGAAUCUGGAGCAAAAGAAGUAAACAGCUUGACAAACUCAGAGCAACAAGCAGAAUCUGUGGAGGCAAUGCAGCAGCCGGAAUUUCAGAUUAAGAUCCUGCAUCAGGGCUGAGAGUGUUGACUGAGAAAUAGUUGCUGUUUCAGAAGGCUUGUGCAUGGUAGUUGAUAACAAAUAAUGGAUGGAAAAGGUAAUAAGGGAAGGGGGGAAAAAACAAAUGUAUUAGUGGGGUGUAAAUGACCUGAAAUUAGAAAAUUCCAUACUUGUACCAAAUAAAUUACCCAAGGGGAGUAGGAAAUGUUUUUAUUGGAUUACAGUACUGAUUGGUGUUUUCUUGAGUCUCUUUGUUUUUUGUGUACAGUAUAGUUUUAGUUUUCAUUACUUAUUUGUUUGUAUGACCACUUGUAAUAUUUCAGAUUAUGUUGCAGCAUAAAGGAAGAGCAUGAGUUUAA